UCCAUUUCCAUAGGUCAAGAAUAGAAUAUUCAAAAAGUAGUCGGCAACAUGACUGUCGUUUCUCCUGUUUCACAUGCAUCAUCUUGUAGCAGGGUGCUCAGAUUGCCGCGGGGCAAUCAGUACGCGGCAAGGAGAUCUUUCUCUACUACCGCGACACAACAAGCUGCUGGUGUCGUCCAGAUCGGCUACGAAAACCUAGAAACCUUAGCCGUCACGCUGCUUCGAAAGAGCGGGUCCAAGGCUGAUGAGGCAGCAACGGUGGGUAAAAACCUCGUGGAGGCUAAUUUGAAAGGUGUGGACUCACAUGGUGUAGGUUACUUGCCUCGUUACGUGCGGAGUGCGCUAAGUGGCAACCUCAAUGUUAAUGCGGAACUGGCGGAGAAUUCUUCUAAGCUACGAUGCUUCAUCUCGGAAUCUUAUAAAUAUUGGAAACGUUGGAGUUGGUCUACGUCUUUUGUAGACCACCACAGCAUUUGCAGCUCGUCCUCUAAUGUCCUCCGGAACUGCAAAUAAUGGUCCAAUCCUCCGUUUAGAUGGGCAACUUGGGUAUGGGCAAGUCCAGGGUCUACGGGCUAUGGAGCGUGGAGUCGCGGCUUGUCGAGAGAACGGUGGACUUGCACUGGUAGCUUUGAAAAUUAUGGAGAAGAUUUUAGGAAUGGCAUGUCAUGUGAUUGAGUAAUCCCAUAGAACCAUGAUCAUGCUCAUCUUCUCAUCUACCAUCGCCUCCUCUAAUACCAAUUGUCACCAUCUUGGCCGCAUAGGUGCUUACGCUGAGUACUGUGCUCGCAAUGGUUUCUGCUCCGUGCAUUUCACGAAUGUCGCUGGCCACGAACCCCUCGUAGCCUCAAGCAAUGGCGGCGAAGCGAGGUUGGGUACGAAUCCGUUUACUGUGGGGAUUCCUGGAUGCUCGAGUUCGAGUUCAGGAUCGGUGGAGCCAAUCAUCCUAGACUAUGCGACUAGCGCCAUGGCUCUCGGAAAAGUCCGCGAGUACAUGGGACGGGGCGAACAGGUGCCGUCGGAUGAUAUUCUGCUCGACACAGAAGGAAGAGUUAGUCGAGACCCGAAGGUCAUGUUUCCUCCGGGGAAUAGUACGGUGAAAACAUCCAUCUCGACAACUAAUAGAACAGAGGAAAAUACUAGCAAGAAGAUGGGAGCUCUCCUUCCUUUCGCAGAUCACAAGGGGUACGCUCUGUCUUUCAUGGCAGAGGUCUUAGGCGGCAUUUUUACUGGCGGAAACACGAUUCAUCCUAAAUUUAGACGAGACCAAGGCCUGAUCAUUAACAGCAUGACGACCAUCAUAUUCGAUUUUCACGCGGUGUCUGGUACAGACUUGCCGCUUGGUGACGAAGUAGCUCAACUAGCUGCGUUCAUGAAGGAAAGCAAGUUGCGAGAAGGAAACGGAGGAGAACAGAUCCUGAUCCCUGGUGAAAAGGAGUCUCGCACACUAGCAGACAGGAAGAAAAACGGAGUUCCUGUCAGCUUGGGCACACUGCGCGAAUUGUCUAGUGCAGCUGCCGAUGUGGGCAUCUCGGAAAACGAGGUGAGGACGAUGCUGGGACUCUGAUGGCAGAUGCCGGGGGAAUGGAUGUCCAACGAUAAUCGAGAAGGGCUGCAUGGCAUUCAUUUGGCAAGAACUGCGAUAAGUGAUCAUGAUAGUCUAGAGGAUGCUUACGACGUGUAGCAAAGGACAGUAUCUGUAAACUGUUUAAAAAAUGCUCAGUGCAUAAACUGUUUAAAAUAAUAUAACAAACUACAAGGAGGUCGUGGAAAUUGAUGUCAUGGUCUAGAAAGAAGCGCAGUGCAU